AUGAACAGGGUUGCCGUUGUGGGGUCGGGACCUGCGGGGUUUUACACGAUUUUACGGAUUCUAAAGAAGCGAGCUGUCCAUGUAGAUCUGUUUGAGGCUCUGCCCGUUCCAUAUGGACUCACUCGGUUUGGCGUUGCCCCCGAUCACCCAGAAGUGCGCAACUGUCAAGAACGCUUUGCAGAGGUGGCAGGGUCGCCUCAUUUCCGGUUUUAUGGAAACACGACGGUCGGAAAAGAUGUUUCUGUGUCUCAGCUACUCCAGAACUACCACGCUGUGGUCUUUGCGUAUGGCGCCGAGACCUCUAGGGGCCUCAACGUACCAGGAAGCCAGCUACCGGGAGUUAUUUCGGCUCGUGAUUUCGUUGGCUGGUACAACGGAGAGCCUGCAAAACAGGGUUUGAAGUUUACGCUUGAUCGGACCGAGGACGUGUCAAUUGUGGGCAAUGGUAAUGUGGCCCUGGACGUGGCCCGGGUUCUCUUGCGACAGCCAGAUGAUUUACGCAGCACUGAUAUGCCAGAACAUGCCAUUGCAGCUCUGACGAAAUCUACGGUGAAAAAGGUACAUAUUGUCGGCCGUCGUGGUCCAGUUCAGUCUGCGUUUACAACUAAAGAGUUGCGCGAGCUGCUGGUCGAACCCCAAGUGCAAUUGGACCCCAUUGUCAACUUAACAGAGUACAUUGAGCUUGCAAAGCCCCUUGGCCGGGCGGAAAAGCGCAAGAUGGAGCUCCUGCUGAAAGGGUCUACGAGCCCAUCUGCCCAGCGCACUUGGUCGCUUGACUUUAUGCAAAGUCCCAGCGAGUUCAAGGGUGAAGGCGACUUGUUACAGUCAAUUGAAUGGACAAUCAACACGUUUGCCCCAGGAAGCAAGUCUGACGUGGUGCCGACUGAGAAGAGCGUGACCACCCCCACCGACCUUGCUGUUCUCUCGAUUGGAUACAAGUCGGUUGAGCUGCCCGGAAUGAAAGAGGCCGGAAUGACAUUCAUAAAAGACAAGGGCAUCCUUGAGAACCACCGUGGUCACGUCACAGGAGUCCCUGGAGCCUUCGCAGCAGGCUGGCUCAAAACAGGACCCACAGGGGUAAUUGCUUCAACAAUGAUGGACGCGUUCUCAGUUGGAGAUGAGGUUGUUUCCUAUUUAGAAAGCGUCGCCAAUACCAAGCUGCCCGGCGCAGAUGAUCUCGACUUACCCUACGCGGUGAGCUGGAACGACUGGCUAGAAAUCGACCGUCAGGAAAUCGACCGCGGCAAAAGCUACGGAAAACCCCGCGAAAAAUUCGUCUCAGUACCUGAUAUGCUUAACGCUCUAUAG